AUGUCUUCCAGGGAAACACUUCAAAGCGUCGAUCCUUCGGAUCUCACUCGAGCGACAAUGGAUAACAACGAGGACGUCGUUGGCUCGCUCCCGUUCCCAAUGUCUCUCGACAAGGAAGCUGGAGUCAGAACCGUUAUGUGUUCUGGCUGUUCUACUGUAGAGUGCUAUUUAGAAGAAGGAAAGACCAUGAAAAGGUGCUCUAGGUGCAAGGGGCCGUGGUACUGCUCCAAAGAAUGCCAGUUGAAAGAUUGGCCCAAGCACAAGCCGGACUGUCACAAGGUCGAAGGUCCAGGGAUAACCCAGUUCAUCGAAGCGAUCACCAGCAACCUGUACACCUCUACGUACCUCCAGCUCUACGCCGCUUUCUCGUUCGACAUGUUCGAGGAUUACUGCGACGACAACCCCCCUAUGAUCCACGUCUACCUCUCCAUCGAGCCGUCUGACAUCCACGACUUCUUCGCUAUCGUGGAGUCAGCGCCUGAUCCCUCUAAGAAGAUAGAGGGAAUGGUGCAAGUCACUGGUGCUGGGAAAAAUACAGAGAGCGACGUCUUGACGGGGAUGAGACUGGAUAUAUGGCGCAAAUGUGUCCCAACGUUUCCGAAGGGCACUAAACCUUUUUUCAUCCACUUCACGUGCAGCAGGAGCGAAUUAGCAUGGGACUGCUGCAUCCCGCUCACGGAACGUGUGCUCAAAUACGCCCGCUCAUCGCCCACAUAUGACUAUCUCACGCCCGAAGGAGAAGCUGAGGCGCCGCUGGAUGAAGAUAUAGCUAUUCAAUACUUGAACAAUCUCAUCCGUGCAGACCGAGGAAACCGGUUCAAGAUGCGGACAGACAUGACACAGUUUGACAUAGAGGUGAUUCGCGGCCUCAUAGACGGGGAAAACAAGUCACAUGCCGUUAAAAUGCUCAAACGACAUGUCUUCAGCCAUGCGCUAUAUGCCCCCAUUCGUUCUCUCGUUGCUAAUCCCCCCGCAUAG